AUGGCGUGCGUGUGUGUGGUGGGGGCGGGAGUGGUGGGGCUCACCACAGCUACACUGCUACAGGAGGCCUUGCCGCCAGGCUCCUCCGUCACCGUCAUUGCUGAUAAGUUCCUCAGGGAGACCACUAGCGACGGCGCGGCGGGAAUCUUCAGGCCAGGACUCCAGUUCCAGGGUCACACCCCGGAGGUUACCAGACAGUGGCUCACAGACUCCUACAACUUCUACAAGAAUAUCCUCAACUCAAAGGAUGCUGCGAGUGCUGGCGUCAAACUCAUCUCUGGCUUCCACUUCUCCUCCAAGCAUCCCAAGAUCAUCUGGAACGCGUUCCUGCGCCCCCUGCUGGAGGAGUACCGCCUGUGUACCGAGGAAGAACUCCGCCUUCACCACCACAAGUACGGCACCUUCAUGACCACCAUCCUUACAGAGUGCCGACGGUACCUGCCCUAUCUCACUAACAAGUUCACGGGCCGGGGAGGCAUCAUUGAGACCCGACACCUGGAGAGCCUGGAGGAGCUUGUGGGUCAGUAUGACGUUGUGUGUAACUGUUCGGGCAUUGGGGCCAAGGACCUGGUGAACGACCUCACUGUCACUCCCAUACGAGGUCAGGUCUACAAGGUGCGCGCGCCGUGGGUUAAAAACUUCUACUUCGUGGACUACGACACCUACAUCUUGCCUGGGUUUGACCACAUCACGCUGGGUGGAACGAGGCAGUUUGACUCGUACAAGGAAGAUGUGGACAAGUACGACUCCAUGGCCAUCUGGGAGCGAUGCUUGGCACUGGUUCCAAGCCUGAAGGCUGCAGAGGUCCUGCAGGAGUGGGUAGGCUUGCGACCCUACCGACCUAUUGUGAGGGUCGAGAACGAAGUCAUGACUUUCGACAGCGGCACAAGCCUGAAGGUAGUCCAUAACUACGGCCAUGGAGGCUAUGGGGUGAUGUCGGCUCCUGGCACUUCCAUGGAUGCUGUCAGGUUAGUGAUGAAGAUGCUUCCCUCCACCUGGGCCAAACUUUGAAGGGGCCCAUACGUCACCUUUUUGGGUCUGUUUGUCAACACUACAAGAACCGCACAUCAGCCUCUGGAAGCUUUACAUCAGCGUCUGAGGCCUGUCAGACCUCAGACCAAUAAAUCAACUCUUAUGCCU